AUGUUGCUCCUCCAGCUCGCGUCGCAUGCCCUUGCCCUAUUCGCCCUCUUUGCUUGCACUCUUGCUGCCCGAGACUUCUACAAAGUUCUCGGCCUGGACAAAUCCUGCUCAGAGCGAGACCUGAAGAAAGCAUACCGUACCCUUUCCAAGAAAUACCACCCAGAUAAAGCAUCAGGCGAUGAAGCGAUGUUCCUUGAAGUAGCCGAAGCCUAUGAAGUCUUGUCCGACCCAACGACGCGGAAAGUGUAUGAUCAGUAUGGGCACGAAGGACUGGAGAAUCAUAAGCGAGGAGGUGGCGGAGGCGGACACGGCCAUGACCCAUUCGAUCUGUUCUCGAGGUUCUUCGGCGGUAGUGGCCACUUUGGCGGUGGAGGGGGAGUGAGACGUGGUCCCGACCUCGAGGUCCGCUUACACGUGCCACUGCGGGACUUUUACAACGGCAAGGAUACCGAGUUCACCAUUGAGAAACAACAGAUCUGUGAGGAGUGUGAAGGGUCCGGUUCUGCAGACGGUCAAGUCGAGACAUGCAACAAAUGUGGCGGCAGAGGCAUGAUCAUCCAGAAACAUAUGCUGGCCCCUGGCAUAUUCCAACAGGUCCAAAUGGCCUGCGAUCAGUGCGGCGGACAGGGCAAGUCAAUCAAACACAAAUGCAAAGUCUGUGGAGGCAGCAAAGUUGUCAGAGGACCCACGACUCUAACCGCCAGUGUCGAGAGAGGCAUGCCCAAAGGCCACCGCCUGGUGUUUGAAAGCGAAGCUGAUGAGCACCCUGAUCAUGUUGCGGGCAAUCUGUACGUGUACAUUAUGGAGUCUGAACCCCAGAUCAACGAGGACGAGAGUCUGCGAUCAGACGGGACAUUUUUCCGACGCAAAGGCGACGAUUUGUAUUGGAAAGAAGUCUUGAGUCUGCGGGAGGCUUGGAUGGGUGAUUGGACGCGCAACUUGACCCAUCUCGACGGGCAUGUUGUUCAAUUGUCCCGGAAGCGUGGCGAAGUCGUCCAACCGAAUCAAGUGGAUACUAUUCAUGGUGAAGGCAUGCCGAUCUGGCACGAGGGACAUGUCCAUGAACACGAUCACGAUGGACGCGAGUUCGGCAACUUGUAUGUCGAAUACAAGGUCAUCCUUCCCGAUCAGAUGGAAAGUGGCAUGGAAAAGGAGUUUUGGGAUGUUUGGGAGAAAUGGCGUAAGAAAAAGGGCGUGGACCUACUCAAGGAUAGUGGAAGGCCACUCGCAGCUGUACCAAUAAAGGAUGAGUUAUAG